AUGGAGGGUAAGGAAGGGAUCUUUGAUUUUGCCUUUGUGGAUGCGGACAAGGAGAACUACAUCAAUUAUCAUGAACCGUUACUUAAACUUGUUAAGAUUGGAGGAGUGAUUGCCUAUGACAACACUCUUUGGUUUGGUUCCGUUGCAUAUGAUACCGAUGAUGACAUAUUCAAUAAUGAUCCAGUUAUGGGUUUUAUUAAAACGAUUGGACAUGGUGCAAUUAGGGACUUGAAUAGCUUCCUUGCAACUGACCCUCGUAUUGAGUCGACCCUUCUUUCGAUUGGUGACGGUGUUACACUUUGUAGACGCAAGUAUUGA